UAUGUCGGUGAAAAAUUAACGGGAACACUUUGUUCCAGAACACCGCUUCCUGCAACACCGAUUUUGUAGUUAAGAAAAUGACUCAAGUCUCAAAAUGUAUAAUUUCUGUUUUGCAACGUCCUAAAAUAAGCGGUAUUCCAAGUUUAGUCUUACCUACAAGACACAAUUCAUCAGGAAAUGCACAUUUUAAAGCCAAAAAAAAUGUUUUGGUAGGAAAAACUGAUGAUGAUAUGACAUUCGUUUGUUGGCAUCCAGAAAUCCCUUUUCCAUAUGAAUAUAGUAAGCCACUCCCUCGGAAACUCCCAGAGAUUCAAGAGGCUGAAUCUCCAAUGAAAGUACAGCAUCUCCUGGCAGAAAAACUACGUCUCAGACCAGAUGGACCAACAAACCAGGAACUUGCCAACAUAUUCUUCACAACAAAACACCGAUGGUAUCCAAAGCCACAGAAAAAAUACAAAAAACCAAAUGAACCAAAAGACAGAGACAGACUUUGAUUUACAACUUUACCUUUGUUUUAUUUUACCCUUUUGUAAUGAUAGAUUAAUAAGGAUAUUUUUUAGAAAAUAAAAUAUUAAGAAAUAUCAUCA